UGCGGUAACGUGAACUCAGUCCCGGUGACGACUCAGGACACGAAUCGGGUCUCGGAGGUUGGAAGACCUCCGCCGCAAGGAAGGGAGCGAACUGCCGAAGCCCAAGCUACAUCGCCGCUCCAUCGACAUGGAUUCGACCGUCGCACACGCCGCCAAGCCCGUGUCUGACGGAUCUCAUGCUCCGGAAGCUGCCUCGCACGCGAAUCUCCAGUCCGAGGACGACGCUUCGCCGCCUCCGCCGCCACAGGCGGCUCUUCUGAAUUCCGAAGACCUUCGUACUCUGCAGCAGCCCAAUCCUGAUUCUUAUCCUACUGAUCUACCAAAGGAGGCGCUGCAUGCCCCCGCCUCCGCUGAAGUAGCACCGCCGGAGUCGAACCCUUACAUCGCUCGCUCCCCCGCCGCUAACUCUUCCUCGUCGAAAAGUACCGCGGAGACUGUGAAGACCGUGCUUAAGAGAUGGGGGAAAAAACUUGGGGAGUCGGCGAGGAAAGCUGAGGACUUGUCUAAAAAUACAUGGCAGCAUCUGAACACAGGACCAAGUUUUGUUGAAGCUACCAUGGGAAGAAUUGCUCAAGGAACCAAAGUGAUUGCAGAAGGUGGCUACGAUAAGAUAUUUCGACAAACUUUUGAUACCCUUCCUGAAGAACAGCUAAAAAAAUCCUAUGCCUGUUAUUUAUCAACAUCUGCUGGUCCUGUCAUGGGAGUUCUAUACCUCUCUACUGCAAAACUUGCAUUUUGUAGUGACAAUCCUCUUUCCUAUAAGGUUGAAGACAAAACUGAAUGGAGUUAUUAUAAGGUUGCUAUUCCUCUACAUCAGCUCAAAUCUGCUAAUUCAUCAACAAGCAAAAAGAAACCUGCAGAAAAGUAUAUCCAGGUUGUGUCGGUCGAUAACCAUGAAUUUUGGUUCAUGGGGUUUAUGCACUACGAUAGUGCCGCAAAGAGUUUACAGGAUGCUUUGCAUGAUGCACAGAACACAGAACCAGUAACAACGGCAUCAACUGUAUAAGUUCAUUCAAGAAUCUAGAAACCGGAUUGCUCGACGUCCCCAAGGACACCAAAUAAUUGCCGUCGGUGCAUCUACCUUUGAUCUGGAACAUGUGCUCAUCCUGUAUCUCAGCGUUCUUUCAAGGCAACUACUUAAUCACUUAGUUACUUUUGAUUCUCCUUCAGGUUUUUGUCUUAUUUCCUGUGCAAGGUUCUAUAAUUUUCACAUGGCUUGUGUUAGACCUGAAUGUUCAUAUCAUAUAUUGCUUUGACCAAUGAUUUUGUCGA